GAUACCCCGGGUGGCGGUGGAAAACUUUAUGUAGUGUAGAAUAGAGGUAAUAUACGGAUUAUACCUAUUAACAAAAAAAAAAAAAAAAAAAGACAAUCCAGAUAAAUGUAUCUAAUCCCAGCAAUUUGCACUAUAACCUAUAGAAAGCUGGUUUUCUUUCUUUAGUUCUGACCCGGCCGCGUCUGAAUAUGAAUUCCAAGCGUACGUUGGACAAGCCGUGCGUCGGGAUAAGGGUCGGCGGCGCUGCGACGCAUGCGGAUUUUCGCUGCCAUGCCGACCACUCCGGGCUCCGCGACACGAACGUCGCCUCCGCGGAAAGCGGUCUCAUGCCGGCGGCGUGCACAAACGGGCCCGCGGCCGUCCUUUACACGCUGGUGGUGGACGGCGGCUCCGUCACGAGAGGUACGGACGAGAAAGGCUUUCUCAAAGGGAACGGACUGUCGUCGGCUGGAGCGACGUUGCACGACAUCGAGCAAUCUGGCUGUGGUGGUCUGGAGGACCAGGGAGACACAACUUUCACAGGGGUCCUGAAGCGGGCCAGUCCCACGCACUGCUCAACUCUAAACGGCCAGCACCCAGGCGGCCUCAUGUACUUGGACAUCAGGAACUUAGGGAAGCGAAUGGAGCUGGCCAAUGGUUUCCACGCAGCGCAACGACAAAAUGUGCCGCCCGCGGAGAAACAGUCCCUCCAGUCCUCUCACAUCCCUGUCCCAAGACACAGGAAGCCCUCAGGUCAUGCAGAUAAGGAGGUGAUGGCUGCCACCGUCCUGACCUCGCUGUCCACAUCCCCUCUGGUGCUCCACCCCGCCUCAACACCCACAGCUGCUGUCCCAGAGCCAGCGAGCAGGGGCUGGAAGGACGCGCUGUCAGCGAGCUACAGCAGUUCCACCAGUGGAAACUGGAGCUGGGAUGCCAGUGACCAAUCAGUGCCCUCCACACCGUCCCCCCCACUGUCCAACGAUGCCAACAAGAGCUUCCUGCUCUCCUCCCAGGGUGACGACAUCUGCGAGGAUGUCACAGAGAGCACGCACUUCCUGUUUGAGGACCCCAUACCCCGGAAGCGAAAGAACUCCAUGAAGGUGAUGUUCAAGUGCUUGUGGAAGAACUGUGAAAAGGUCCUCAGCACUUCCUCAGGGAUCCAGCGACACAUCCGCACCAUCCACCUGGGACGGAACUGCGAUUCUGACUACAGCGAUGGAGAAGAGGACUUUUACUACUCAGAGAUCGAGGUCAACAUGGACAGUCUGUCGGAGGGUUUGUCCAGCCUCACACCUACAUCCCCCACCACAGCUGGCCCCCCUCCUGUCUUUCCUUCUGCACUGGCCGACAUCCCUCACUCCGAACACAUCAGCACGAAUGGGUCACAGUGCCACACCCCUACCCUGCUCAGUCAAUCAGCUCCUUCCAACCUCUGCCACAUCCGGACCGACCAUGCAUACCAGGCCACUGCUCCAGUUAAUAUCCCAGUGGGUGCGGAGUUGGUUGGGUUGGGCAGUGGUAAUGGGACCGGGCCUGGCACUAGCACUGGCACUGAGACAGCGAAUGGCAUCAGUGUGUCCUGGCAGUCACCUCCUGUCAUUUUCAAAGGCCUACCGGGUCCUGUGGCUCAUGUCCGCACACUGAGCAUUGGGGAAAAGAGACAGCCAGCCAGUGCACACAGCACCGUUAACAAGAACCAUGCUUCAGCAGCACCAGCACCCAAACUGACCCCAGGGACCAGGAAACCUCGGGGAGAGGCAAAGAAGUGCCGAAAAGUGUACGGCAUGGAGAAGAGAGACAUGUGGUGCACAGCCUGUCGCUGGAAAAAAGCCUGCCAGAGAUUCACAGACUAACCCACCCACCCCACCGCCCAUUUUUGCCAGAGAUGAACUGCUCCUCAUCCCGGGCUACAACAAGACCGAGGAGACAGGGGAAGAUUUGUUCUUGAUGAAGCUCUCGGCACUGCUUCCUCCAGCCCAGCAGGGGGUCUGUUUGUUCAUUUCUGUUUCUGAACACAAAGAGAAAGUUAAACUGGUGGGUUAUAAAAAUAAUUUUAAAAAAAAAAUCAAAAAAGGAAAAAAAUAGAAAAAUUCAGAGAGAAAAACAAAAGAACUUGAUGUAGGUUUUUAGAGUUUUUCUUCUAAGAUUGAGAGAGUUUUACUCAAUUGAUGAAAAAGGAAAAAGGAAACUUCAGUGAUUCAGAACCCUCAGAUUUUUAAAAAAAUUUGUUUUAACUUCCUGUUUGUUCAAAGCCUCAGUUCAAGGCGACGUUUGAAGACUUCGGAUAAGCUUUUUGGUAUACUCUUGUGCUGUCAUAGUCAGAGCAUCAUUUAAGCUAGUGUUUUGGGGGUAAAUGAUAACUCACCUUUGCAUGUUUCUAUCCAGAAGUGCAAGUUUUAACAUAAGAUUUGCUUCUCAUCACCUAUUGUACAAUAUCCCUCUUUCAUUGUCACUGUAAUGGACAAAAAAAAGAAAGAAAACCUACCAAAGGCAUUUAAAAAUCGCUCUUCUGCUGUAGCGUGUCAAGUUACAGCCAACGUGUCCUCAUAGAUAACCUAACCAGCUGCACUUAGGCAUAACACGUCUACGUUAGCCAGAUAUUGACUCAAUGUCACAACACAUCUUGUCAGUAUCUACUUGUGAAGCAAAUCAAGUACAGCUAGCUGUAUUUUUGCAUAGAUGCACGAAAUCCUUGCACCAAGUGGUACAAAAAAAAUGUCCCUUUGACUUUCCAGAAGUUUUUCUAGAGAUGUACACAGUAUGUGAAAUAUAUUUCCCUCUUCGUUUCUGCAUCUAGAGAUAUGCACCUUGAAGAAAUAUGUCGUCUUUCAGAGUAUCACUGUAACCACAGCGUAUGCCCAAGAGAGUAGAUUUCUAUUUCUUACAGAGUUUAUUCUCAGCAAUUAGUUGCUGAGGCAACUAGCAUUUGCACUGUGCAAUCAGCAGGAUUACAACAUUUGAUAUUGUCUGUCUUGCUUUGAGGUGGUCGUUAGUAUUUUUUUAGACGAGUUUAGCCAGAGAGGCUCACUUUUUACUUUUGACAGCUGGCUUUGCGAUCAGAUUGUUUACCACAAUGUUACUUUAAAUUUGACUGAAAUGUGCUUUGUGUGUAGGUAAAUAACAAAUCAUUACCCAACAAUCACUGCCUGUUGACGAAUCAGGUAUUGUAACUAUUAACUUCUCACAGCUCGAUAUCAAGAAGUUACGUUCUGUUGUCUUUGGAAGUAGUCCCCAUUUACUGCCAAUUUACCCUUCAUCGGAGCCCAACUUUUGAAUUUCUUUUUCCUUUCUUUUCUUUUUAACAUUUAAAGCGCUAAUUCACUGUUAGAACAUUUGAAAAUGAAAAAAAAAAUGAUGUUGUCGAUUAGAAUAAAUUGUUAUUCAUAUAAAUAGGAGUAAGCAUGCUAUGAAGUGAAAAUGUUCAAUCAAAGUGUAAUAAUACUUAAGAAAAAAAAAGGUCUUUAAUAAUAGAUAUCAGACCACAAAAUGUCCCACUAUUAGGUAGAUGAUUAAUCGUAGAUUUUAGAUAUAUUUUAGUUUAUUUUAACCUUUUGGAUGAUCCAUUACACAUGUGACAAAGUAUGAAAACCAAAACGAGUACCAAAAUUGGUCCAUCUAGUAAAAUGACACUCUUGCCCAUUGUAAAAUAUUAUAAAAAUAUUGUCUUGAAAGCAUUUACGCGUUUAAAAUAUUUCAGAGACGCUUGAAUUAAUUUCUCUUUGGGGGGAAAAAAAUGGACAAGAUUCUUCUUUGUAACACUACAGCACUCCUAAAAAGGCCUUCACAAAGAAAUUAGCAGAUGGUUAUAACCUGCAAAAAACAACAAUCAGCUAUAAGCUAUUUUACUGAUAUCACUUCCGUUGCAAUGAACACCAGCUGCAGUAGAAAACACACACAGCAGUGUUUCCAUUGACAAGUGAUGUGCUAGUGCAAAUUUGGAGAAAUCUCAAGUGUUUCUUAGUCCUCAAGGGAUUGGAUUGCAAGACCACCGAUCUGAAAUUGGCUCUCAGUGGGUGAGGGCUGAACAUUAAUUAGCUAGUGUUGACAACAUUGGACGUAGCUUAUGAAUAAAACCAGCAUUUUUGUUAAGGCUAAUUGACAUGUUAUGUAACAUCGGCACCCUGUAUGUAUCGGGUGACUAGAAUUUGUCGACCCCCGUGCCCCACCCCAUGCCGGAUAUCACCGUAUUAUUGUUAUUUGGCUCGACCCUUCCUGCCCCACCCCAUGCCGGAUAUCACCGUAUUAUUGUUAUUUGGCCCGACCCUUCCUGCCCUUGGCCCAUUGUGAUUAGCGGGGCCACCAUAGAAGUGGCAUUUCUUCAGCACGCUAAAUUGUCAAAAUUAUUUGUUGGUAAUCAAAACGAUGUUCACAAAGUGAUGAUUUUGCUUUGUGUAAACCGUAUAAUUGUACUCCUGCUCUGGAGGCAGAGUUGUGACAGUAGACGUAUAUUUUUAAAGAGCUUCAUCUUUGUACUAUUUGAUUGUUACCAGCUUUUUGAAUGUAGUUCCUGCUGUCUCCUCUCCUCUCUCAGCGCUCCCUACACUGACGUGACUGAUCACCAUUCAACCACGUGACUGUUCGACACACACACACACACACACACACACACACACACACACACACACACACACACACACACAGUGCCUGUUUCUUCCCAUAUGAGCAGAUCUUUUGGCUGCGGUACCAUGUGACUUGGUCAAUAGGGAUUGCUGUCACUACAGGGACACUUGCACUGUCAGCUAUAGUCUACUACAACAUUGUAAGUGACCUGUCAUCUCUCGAAAGGAUAAACGAGAACAGACGCCUGACAUUUAAUUGGUUCCCAGCUUGAAUGCAGGUGGUGAAAACAAAACGGACGUUUUUAAGUGUACAAGUUCACCAUUGGCAGUUAAUGUCAUCUCAGCCUGUUCCAAGACCAUAAACAACCAUAUGGUCGUGUUUUCCAUUGAUAUACUUGCCUGUACGGCGUUUAGUCCAACGGCAUCUCAGAUAAGCUAGGUCUCCCUCUCUCUUGCCAGCUACUGAGAGCUCUGGGUGGGCCUCCUCUGGUCAGAAACUUCACAAAGUGCCAAUGAAAAGAACAGAAAAAGGAAAGGUAUACUUUACCUAAUGAAAUUGCACUAACUUGCACUGCGCAAAGACAUGUUUUUAUACAUGGACCUUUUAUACACACAAAUUUUGAAGUUAAUUAAAAAAAAACAAGUCUGUUUUUUGGGGGGGUUUGGGGUGGUCGUCACUGCCUGAUUGAUUAGAUGGGGUUUCAGGGUCGGGGGUUCUGUACCUCUGGGGUCCCCCAUUAGUGAGUGAUUUAACUGGUAGGUCUCGCUCUCUGUGUCAGGUAUAUUGUACACAACACGGUGGUGCUGGUAGUUUGGCGGUACUGGAAAGUACAGCGUGGUACUUUGGUCGACAGUCACUUUGCCUUUUCUCUGGAAUGCGGCUUAGGGGCCAAAAGCAGCACCCGUCUUGUCUCAGUUAUGGGAAAACACUGGUUUCAGUCAGUGGCUACUUUUUACUGUUGUAAUUAAUAGAGGCUUUAUGGUAUUUCGAUGCCAGUUUUCUCAUCAUACAUGCAACCUGCCUUUUCGCCCCUAUAUAUCGUAUCUUUGGGCUUCCUCUACUUAAAAUAAAACUGGUUUAGUUACAUUUUUCAGAGCUGAGGUUGUUAACUACGUGAAAAUAUGUGGUGUUUUUUAGUGCUGGAUACCACUUUGGCUCUCUGUCUCUCUGACCCGGUCAACGUUCUGAUCUGGUUGUUGAUUUAUUUUCCAACGCGAUCCAGAAGAUCUCGCGGAAAACCAGCACUUACUGGCCGUUGGAUUGGACAGUUAUGCAUGCAAUAAGCCAAUCUGGGCCCCGGUCCUUGCACCCGCCCCUGUUCCACCUUUCCUCAAGUUGCACUAAAGUGGCCUAUCAUGUGCCAGAGUGGGGCCAGCAUUUAGCCGAUACGAGCUUGGUCACAGGGUGGGCCCGAGACCCUCAUGGCCAGAAAGAAGUCUGGUAACUAAUGCUGGUCUUGGACACAGAUUAUGGACAGGGAAAUGCCGAUGAUGACGUCACCGAACUAAAAACCCGGUGAACAAUACAAACGCAACCCAGAUAUAUAUGGCGACAGGGCUGUGGGGAGGUGGAGGAGGGGCCUGACGACUGUGGUCGGGUGUUCAGGGGAACUGGGGAUUUACAAAUUGGUGGAAAGGGAACACGAGACAAGCAGUGACGAUUUAGGUGGAUUUGUAGUUUCAGGGCUUUUCCUGUACAUAUGCAACAUAAAAAGAUCCGUGAGAUUUUUUUUUUUCAUAUGAUGUUUGUCGUUUUUCUUUGUCGUUGUAACUCUGUUAUAUGAAAAGGAUUUUUUUUUUACAAUAGAAUUGCUCAGAAUUUUUGUUUCAUUUUUAAAAAGGCAAUUUGAGAAGCUGUAGUGAACAUAACAUGUAAAGACUCGAUGUAUAUUGUAGCUUAGAGGCAUAUGGGGAGAAAAACAAAACAUGUUGAAUGUAAAACCUACGAAAAAAAAACCUAUAAAAAGAAAAAAGACUGUAGCGCUUUCUUAAUUCAGUAUCAAAAAAAAAAAAUUAACACACACAGACAGCUAUUUUCACUCUUCUCGAUCAUAUCAGAUAUCACAACCGCGCAGUAUUGCUUCACUAUCCUACUUUGUGCAAUGAGAUGCUUUAAAAUGGAACAAGAACUAAGUUUAGCUUUCGGUGGCGCUACUCGCUCCAACUCUCGCUGUCUCCCGUCUUUCUCCCCGCCGAGUAGGAUUUCUCUUUUCCCGCCUACUGUGUGGUUGUUGUUGUUGUUGUUGUUUUUCUCAUUGUUAAUAUAGGUGUCGUUUGUGGUUGUGACGUUAAGAUGUUGUCAGGCAGGAUCACAUUUGACCCUUGGUCUCGAUGACGUUUCUCGACCGCGUGGGAAUCUCUGUCCCGCCCUGCACAUUCCAACAGAUGGUGUCUUCCACUUGUCCCGCAGAUACACGUCCCUCCAUUUUCCUUUUCACUACAGCGAUCUGUCUGCGAUCUCUUUUCUAGUCUCUCUCUCUGUCUCUCUCUGUCUCUCUCUCUCUCUCCCCCUCUCUCUGUUUCUCUCUCUUUUGCGCUACCCAGCUUUACUGUGGUCCCACCCAAGCCUUUAUACCCAGUAUAUUAAGCUAACAAAAAACCCUUGUAAUGUGCAUCAUCAAAAGCCUUCAUUUUCCAAAUAUGUCAAAAAAAAUAAAAAAUGUUGUUGCUUUUUUUUUUUUUUUUUUUGAAUGUCAGUUGUGUGUUUGUGUUCAACCCAGCAGCAGCAAAGCGAACGGAUCUCCUUCCAAAUUACAUGUAAUGCAUUGCAAUGGCAGCUCCAUCCAACUCUGCUUCUUCUGUGUUCUUAAAUCAGAGUUCGUUUCUCAACCUGCAAACUGCUGACUCUCGGUUCUCUCUCUCUCUUUUUUUUUCUUUCUUUGAUGACCUUUUAUUUCCCAUUUGGUGUCUUUGAGCUUUACAGUGGCUGGUGUUAAAACUGACCUUUUUAUUGUUGCUUUACUUUUUUUUAUUUCUUGAUUGAUUGGUUGAUUGGUUAAAUUGACUGAUGUCUGGUUCAGUUUGAAAUUGUCGUGCAUGUCUAGCAUCGCUCUUGUUUUUUUUUUCUUUUCUCUUGUUUUGUUCGGAGAUACAACACUGAAGGGUUUUAUGUGUUUGAUCGCCCCUUUAGUCACCGAUGACCCAAGGCUCAUUUCACCUUCAAAGGUGAAAGGCGCUCGAUGUCCCACCCCGGGGCACACUGAGCUCCAUUAAAAGCGUUUGGAGGUGAAGUGUGAUGUCAUCACUAUGGGAGGGGGGAGGGGGGAUUUCUCCUGAGUGUGGGCUUAGGCCUUGGCCGUCAUCAGCGGUCCCACACACACAGCGAGAAAGCUUUGUUUUUUUUUUUUUAGGAGUGGUGCACUCAAGGAUUAUUGUGUGAAUGUUAAGCCUAUGACCAGCGCUUGAGUUAGAUGGAUGACCAUGUAUGAUGCUGAUAAUGUGAUCCAUGUGAUGUCAUGUGAUGGAGAGAAAAAUAAACCUGUAUGGAAGAAG